GGGAGCGCUCGGCACCCGAGCCUUGGCUAAACUGACGGCCCUACUUCGCUGGAAGCAAAAGCCCGGGAAAAGAAGUGGGCUCGACCUCUCUAGGCUCCAGGCUCCACGGCAGCGUAGCUCCGCCCCCUUCUCUGGCUUCGAGGGUCUCUUGCUGAAGAGAGAAGCGAGGGAGAGGCGAUCGGCUCGCUUAUUGGAAGGGGACGGACAGACAGACAGACGGACGGACGGCGGCCAGCCCGGCUCGCCUGGGCUGUCGCGUGUUGCCUGCAACAUUCGAAAAGCUCUUCUUCCCCUGCACGCGCCGCUUCUCCUUACUCCCCGCGCGGCUGAGGAUGCAAGACUCCCGCCUGGUCGGUUGCCUGGCUCCGGUUUCCUUGCUCGCCGCGACCCCUCGCCCUAGCCCGCCGUGCCAGCUGCUGGGCUGGGCGGGGGGUUGCUGAACCCUUUGCAUGGGGUGGCCGCCGCCUCCGGCCUCGGUCCGUCUCUCCGCUGCUGCGCCUGCUGCCGGGAAAAAUGCCCCGGCAGGAGCUGCCUUUGCCCGAAGGCUGGGAGGAAGCUCGCGACUACGACGGCAAAGUCUAUUACAUCGACCACGCCACCAAAACUACCAGCUGGGUCGACCCGCGAGACAGAAAAAAAGAUGAAAUCGAAAGGUGUAAGCCAGAGGUCAAUAGUUUUCAAAAAUUUCUAACAUUCUCAAGCAAGGCAGAUGUCUGGACAAGGAAAUGUAAACUGUAUACUAAACCACUUACCUUUGCUGAUUGCAUAAGUGAUGAAUUGCCAUUAGGAUGGGAAGAGGCCUGUGAUCCUCAGGUUGGAAUCUAUUACAUUGACCACAACACUAAAAGUACCCAGAUAGAGGAUCCACGAGUACAAUGGCGUCAGGAACAAGAACACAUGCUGAAGGACUACCUUGUAUUGGCCCAAGAAGCCUUAACUGCGCAGAAGGAGGUUUACCAGGUCAAGCAACAGAGGCUUGAAUUGGCCCAGCAGGAAUACAAGCAACUUCAUGAUGUCUGGGAACGUAAACUGGGAUCUCAGACCAGCUUAGCCUCCAGUUCAUCAUCUAGCUCAAAAUAUGAUCCAGAAAUUCUUAAAGCUGAAAUUGCUACCACAAAAUCUAGGGUUAAUAAACUCAAAAGAGAAAUUGCUCACAUGAGACAGGAACUCCAAUAUAAGGAACAUGGUUUUCAAACACUGAAGAAAAUUGAUAUGAAAAUGUCUGAUACCCAAGGUGGAUAUAAACUUGAUGAAGCACAAGCCAUUUUAAAUGAAAUGAAAUCUAUCAAGAAGGCUAUUACUUCAGGAGAGCAAGAAAAGCGAGAUCUUAUUGAGAGUCUUGCCAGACUAAAAGCUAAUUUUGUGGCAAUUAAAAGAUCACAUUCAGACUUAUGGACCAAUAGCACUUCCUUGGGAAGUUCCCAUUGCUCUUUACCUAGGACGUACCUGGAUGCUGGCUCCCAAACAGAUGUUUCUGGAAAUUUUUUUGUGAGCUGCAAUAAUCACUUGGCUGAGAAAGUAAGAGUGCGUCUCCAAUAUGAAGAUGCUAAGCGAAGAAUAGCAAACUUAAAAAUACAGCUGGCUAAAUUGGACAGUGAAGCCUGGCCUGGUGUGCUUGAUUCUGAACGAGACAGAUUAAUGUUAAUAAAUGAAAAGGAGGAACUUCUAAAAGAAAUGCGGUUCAUUAGCCCAAGAAAAUGGACUCAGACUGAUAUAGAAAAACUGGAGAUGAAGAGAAAGCGUUUAGAAGAAGACCUUCAGACUGCAAGAGAUACACAGAGCAAAGCUUUAACAGAAAGGCUGAAGUUAAGCAGUAAAAGAAAUCAGCUGGCUCAUGAACUAGAGGAAACAACACGAUUAGUAGCAGUGUUGCAUUUGCAGUUGAAAAAUUUGUCCUCUAGCAUGCUUUCCUUGUCUUCUGGCAGUAGUCAUGGCUCACUUGCAUCCAGUAGAGGAUCUCUGGUCGCCUCAAGCCAGGAUUCUUCAACUUCAGCCAGCUUUACUGAUCUGUUCAAUGAACAGUUUGAACAGCUAGACUGUGAAUAUCAGAAUAAAAUGGACCUCUUGCUUUUGGAAAGAACCACUGGUUUUCGACCUUCAGGAUGCAUAACUACUAUCCAUGAGAAUGAAGUAGUAAAAACACAGAAAACAGAUUCCACCAGCCGCUUGCAGAUCUUGAGAUCCUUGUCUGGAACACCCAAAUCCUCAACAUCUUUAUCUCCAAGGUCAUCUCUUUCAUCUCCUUCUCCACCAUGCUCACCACUAGUGACAGACCCAUUCUUCGUAGGAGAUGCCUUUGCGAGUCAUGCAGACUUUGAAGAUACUGAAAUAAACAGUGGACUUGCUGAACUUGCUCUAAACUCUGUAGGUGGAAAGAAGUAUAGAACAGAAGAUUCUAGAACUGGGGUCAAGCAUUUGGACCAAGUUGUAAAUAUGAUUGAAGGAUCCGUACUGAAAGUGGCAUGCGUAUCAGCUGCAGUGUCAGAUGAAUCAGUUGCUGGAGAUAGUGGGGUGUAUGAAGCAUCUGUGCAAAGGCUGUGUACCUCAGAAAGCGUGACAUUUGAGAGUGAUGAUUUAGAUGCCCCUGUUACAGCUAAAGUUCAAGUUUCAAUGAAGUAUGAUGACAAAAAUAAACAAUUUGCAGUAUUUAUUGCCCAGUUGAACAAUGUUCCUACUCUUUUACCACAGCAAGACCAGAAAGUGAGCGUUCGUGUGGCUGUUCUCCCUUCGUCUGAAAGUACAAGCUGUUUGUUCCGUACACGACUCAUGGACGCAUCAGACAAUCUCAUAUACAAUGAAUUAUUUUGUGUUACAAUCCCUCAUUCAGUUUUGCGACAGAAGACACUAAGGAUUGAUGUCUGCACUUUAGAUAACUUCCAUCUUGAAGAAUGCUUGGGAGGUGCACAAAUUAGCCUUGCAGAGAUCUACAGAUCAGGGGAAAGUUCACUGCGCUGGUACAACCUCCUCAGCUACAAAUAUCUACAAAGGCAUAGUUGUGAAAAUAAGCAAGAGGAUAUUUGUUCUGAGCUACUCUGCACUGAUAAAAUGGACUCUGUAUCUGCAUUGCUGGAACAAACCGUUGUUGAACUUGAGGCAGUAGAGAAAAAACUAGGAGAAAGUAUUUUACUUACUGAUGAAACCUGGCAAUAUAAGGGAGAUGCUGAGCAGGAUGGUAACAGUGAAACUGAAAAUGGUGAGACUGAAGCAGAGGAGGAAUUUUAUGGCAGAAGGACUGUGUGGGCCACUGAAGAGAACUUGCUACCUUUGUUGCAGGCUGAGUCAGCAACCAUCAAGGUGGAUAAAGAGACCAACACAGAUAGUCUUAAGCAAUCUUCUCUAGUAGUUCGUCCAAAAGAUAAAAGAACACCUAAUCCUUUACAAACACCUUUUGUUAGAGGCAGCACUAUCAUCCGCUCCAAAACUUUUUCUCCAGGACCACAAAGCCAGUAUGUGUGUCGGCUUAAUCGUAGUGAUAGUGAUAGUUCAACACUAUCUAAGAAACCACCUUUUGUUCGGAAUGCUGUUGAGAGACGAAGUGUCAGAAUGAAAAGGUCUUCUGUUAAAACUCUUGGACCUGAGCGUUUAAUCCGUACGUCUCUUGACCUGGAAUUAGAUCUGCAGGCAUCAAAGACCUGGCAUAGUCAGUUGCUGCAAGAGAUUUCUGCCCUCAAACAGCUAAAGGAGCAGUUAGAGCAAGCUCAAAGUCAAGGAGAAAAAGAGUUACCCAGAUGCAUAGAUGAAAAUGAGCAAUUCAGGAUGUUAAUGAGACUGGUAGAGAAAAAGACCGUAAAGGCUGGAUGUAAGUAUGAACAAAAGGCUGAUAAAAUGAUGAGGGCAGCUGCUAAAGAUGUGCAUAGAUUACGAGGGCAGACCCAAAAAGAGCCUCUAGAGGUGCAGUCAUUCAGAGAGAAGAUGGCAUUUUUCACACGACCUAGGAUAAAUAUCCCAGCUCUCUCAGCAGAUGAUGUUUAAUGUCUGUUUAAGUAUUUUGUUCUUAAAACCACUUCCGAAAAGUAUAUGUCAUUCACUGAAGUUUAUUUAUAUAUCAUAUUAUCACUGUUAGUACAUUGAUGGCUUUAUCAGUUCUAGGGCCAGACUUUUAGCUUUCUUUCUUUUUCAUUGCAAAUGCCAGCAUUAAAAUUACACUAUCAUAUAGUUUGUAUAUUUAGCUAUGUAUUUUUGAAAGAUUUUUUAAAAAUAAAACAGUAUAGCUCAAAAUUCCAUUUAAAUAAUAUUUACAUGUUGACAUUUUGUACAGCUUUGCUUUUUUUUAAAGACAGGCUUUGCUGCAAUAAAUUUUGAAUUUGAAAAUCUGACAUACAAUUCUAAAAACAGAACCCCAACUCUUAUAUAACUAGGUUUUGCUAAUUCAAAUAUUUUUAUAUCAAAUAAAGGAUAAAAGAAGCCAUUUCAAGAGUUAAAAAUGAAUGUUCUGUGAGCUGCAAAACUUCCAUUUCCAUCUAGGUCAUAAAAAUGGGUGUGGAAUUUAAAUGCCUACUGCACUUUAAUCUGGAGAUUGUUACUUCAUUUCAUUAUGCCGUUACCCAGAGUUCCCAAAGCCCUCUGAAUCCUGCGUUAAAAAGAGAGUUGCAAGAAACAUUCAUCCCUGGCUAUAUAUUUGGCUUGAAAAAAUAUCAAGAGCCAGCAGCUAUUUUAAAAAAGCUAUAUCUGUCUUUAAAUUAUUUGUAUUUCUUUUAAUAAAUAAUCCUCAUAUAAUCAUGCCAGUUUACAAUGAGCAGCAACCAAAAGGAGCUUCUAAAAACAAAUCCUUUCUAGUAAUUUUAUCUUAAUAUCUACAAAUGCUUUCUAUGUUUGUUUUUUAAAAACUAAUUUAAAUAUAGCAAGUUCUCCCCAUUCUUCAGUGAGGAGUAUUUAAUCAGAAAGGGUUUUCUCUGAUUACUAUUGAGAGCAUCUAUUUGGAUAUCGAAAACAACAUCCUAGAAGGAAACAGCAACAAACCACUGUCUUGCUCCUGCUGAGAUAACUACAUGGACAGUUUCCAGAAGCAUUUUACCUUAACAAAACAGCCUACAACAACACCUUGAUUUAAAAACCUGUAAUCAUGUUUGUAACCCAGUUAAUCACAUUGCUUGUAGUUUUUGUAUAUUUUUUCCUAGUUUGUUUACUUUAAUAAUUGUGUUAGGGUUUGUUUGGUUUUUUUUGUGCACACCCAAGGACUUUACUCUGCACUUUCAUUUUUAUAUGCCCAUCUUUAAAUAUACAGUAUGCACUUGUAUACAUGCAUAGUUGUAGAGAUAGACAUGGUUAGAUUAUGGAACUAGGUGUUGACUCACUAUGAGAUACAUAUGAGUGCCAGUUUGGUCUAGUUUUAAGGCGCCAGGCUAGAAACCAGGAGACUGUGAGUUCUAGUCCUGCCUUAGGCAUGAAAACUGGCCUGGUGACUUUCAGCCAGUCACUCUUGCUCAGCCCAAAUCAUAAGGUUUGUUGUGGAGAAAAUAGGAAGAGGAGAAGGAGUGAUAGAUAUAUUUGCUGCUUUGAGUUAUUUAUAAAAAUAAUAAAUGCAUGAUUAAAAAAAAUAAAUAAUACCUUUUCUAGGCACUUCAGGGGGAAAACAAUGAAAAAAACCAAUGUGUUCUUAUUUUUAAUAAUUAGUAACUGCUGAUUAUCAAUUUUAAGGAUUUCAAUCCAGAAAAAAACAAUAUGUGAGAAAAGUCAGUAGGAUAGAAGCUGAUUUUUCCAUCCUUUCCUCUUCAAGCAGAAUCUGGUAUUGUUUUAAAAAUUGGACUGAUGCACAAUCCAAGAAGAAGAAUUCAGUUUCAGAAAAUACUUGUCAGGAUUUAUUUAUUUAUUUUUUUUUUUGUAAUAUCCCUUUUUUUUCUGCCCUGUAAAUCAUAGCCUACUUACUUUAGGAGAGUAUCUCAAUCCCCAAAAUAGAUGUUUGCCAAGGAUUUAUUGGAGGAUGGGAGAAAGAACAUCUUAUACCAGGGGUAGGCAAUCUUGGCUCUUUUAUGACUCGUGGACUUCAACUCCCAGCAUUCUGGCUCAGGAAUUCUGGGAGUUGAAGUCCAUGAGUCAUAAAAGAGCCAAGAUUGCCUACCCCUGUCUUAUACUAACAACCAUCCACUUCUCUACACCUAAGGUCUAUUUUGUUUUUCAUAUAGUAUUUGAAGAAAUGUUAAUACAUUCCAAUUUGAUUGCUUGAGACAGAGAUAAGAAUGUGUGAGAAUCCAAGAUCUAUAUGGAGUUGGCACUCUUUGGAAUAUAACUGAAAUAUCUUCAUAUCUUCCUACAACAGCUCACAUCUUACAUUAACCCAUGUCUCUAAUUGUUGACAAUUUAAGAACAGAGAGUGAUGGACACUGGAAUACAAAGGCCUUAAAGGUCCACAAACCAAGAUGCACCUUCAAGAGUAAAGUUGACAAGUGGUUUAAAACUCGAUUUUUCCUGAGUUGUAUAUAUAUAUUUUCAUGUAUAAACACUGGAAUAAGCAACCACUAAACGAUUGAAUUUAUAUAUUUUAAAUUUUGUUAGGAUUAACAUUAAAAUUGUUAUAGAUAGAACUUAA